GACGACCAUAGAAGAUGAAAGUGUUUAUAACAAUCCUCUCGCUGUUCUCUCUUGGACUUGCAAGUUCUCCUUCAGACUCGUGUCCAGCAAGAGACGGCGCUUUUCCCGUUUACCUCCCACAUGAAGAUUGUGGCAAAUUCUACCAGUGUUCAAAUGGUGUAGCGUAUUUGCAAAACUGUCCACCUGGACUACACUGGAACGUUGCCAAACUCGUGUGCGAUUGGCCACGAGAUGCUGGAUGUGAAGACAAAAACGAAGAAAAUUCAUUGUGUCCAGCAGUGGACGGCCCUUUUCCAGUGUAUCUACCACACGAAGAUUGUGGCAAAUUCUACCAGUGUUCCAAUGGAGUAGCGCAUUUGUUUGACUGUCCAGCUGGAUUGCACUGGAAUGUUAACAAGCUCGUUUGUGAUUGGCCACACGAUGCUGGGUGUGAAGGCAAAAAUGAAGAAACUACCACCACCACCACUACUACUACUAGUACUACUACUACAACUACUACAACUCCAGAAGAAAUAACAACAACAACUUCUAAAACUACUGAAGGAAGUGGUGAUGAUGAAACUACAGAAGUAUCCAAGACAACAACAGACGACAAUGAAGGAACGACAAGUAGUGUAACAGUAACUGAAGAAACAACUACAAACGAUGAUAAUGAAGAAUCAACAACUGAGAACCCGGUUACUGAAGAAACUACCACAACUGCAACAGAUGACAAUGAAGAAACGACAAGCAGUGUAACAGUAACCGAAGAAACAACUACAAACGAUGAUAAUGAAGAAUCAACAACUGUUGAUGAUAUAACUGAAAACCCGGUUACUGAAGAAACUACCAAGGAUGAUGGCAGUGAAGAAAUAUCGACUACAGAAGAUGAUAAUGGUCAAGAAACUACUAUUGAUGAUAAUACAACUGAAAAUCCAGUCACUGAAGAUGAAGAAGGAUCAACUUCUAUAGACGAUGAAGAAUUGACAACGACUGAUGAUGAAGAUUUGACAACAACUGAUGACGAUUCGGACGUCACCGAAGCAACUAUAAUUGAUGACGAUGACAAAAAAACAACUGAAGAAACUGUAACAGAAGAAACUACAGAUAAUGAUGAAGCAACUGAAGAACCUGUUACAGAAGACAAUUCAGGAAAUGACGAAACAACAGAUGAUGGUGAAACAACCGAAGAACCUGUUACAGAAGACAAUUCUGGAAAUGACGAAACAACAGAUGAUGGUGAAACAACCGAAGAACCUGUUACAGAAGACGAUUCUGAAAAUGUUACAGAGGAUGGCAGUGAUGAAGAGCCCAUCACAACUGAAAAACCUACAACUACAACCACUGAGACACCACCACCACCAACAACAACAACAACAACCACUGAGAAACCAACUACUACAACCACCGAGAAACCAACAACCACACAGGAACCAACAACGCAACAACAACUUUCUGAUGAAGAAAUCAUUGCUGCCAUUUGUCAAGCGAGCCCUGACGACAUUUUCUUAACAGCUCAUCCAUCCAACUGUCAGAAAUAUGCUGUGUGUAUGACCGGAUCUUAUGUCAUCCAAACUUGUCCAUCUGGUUAUCAUUUCAGUUCAUCUAGUAUGGCUUGCAUAAAGUCAUCAGGUGGCGAAUGUGAUGUCUAAUUUAUUUUCGGAAAUAAG